GGAGGACUAUGACUUUGGAGAGCAAAUCUACUGAGCACGUGCACCUCGGUAUGUGGAUUGGUGGUGAACAACAAGAAGACGUGGAUCUCUCAGCACGGGAGGACCAGAGCGACGUAAUGGCCCGACUCUAUGGCAUCUCUACUUCUCCAGUGAAGCCCCCUUACUCUUACAUUGCUCUCAUCACCAUGGCGAUCCUCCAGAGCCCUAAGAAGAGACUCACCCUCAGUCAGAUCUGUGACUUCAUCAGCCAGAACUUUGCCUACUAUCGAAACAAGUUCCCCGCUUGGCACAACUCAAUCCGACACAACCUGUCUUUGAACGACUGCUUCGUCAAGAUCCCCCGGGAGCCCGGCGUUCCCGGAAAGGGAAAUUUCUGGACUUUGGACCCCAUGUCGGUCGAUAUGUUUGCAAACGGGAGCUUUCUUCGGCGGAGGAAACGCUUCACGAGACAACAGCAACCUUGGAAGACAGUCAGCGACUCUGUCCUGCCGGGCGCUCUUCAACCUGGACCCACCAGAAUCCCUCUGCUUCAACCUGAGCCAUACCGCCAACUGAGCCUUGGAGGUUUUUUAAGCACCCAGGCUCGGCCCGGGAGUCCCUCUAUAAGAACUUUGAUUCCUUCACUUCUUUCCAAGAGAUUGCCGUCUGCUUUGGACAUCUGCACGUCCAUCCAGCCUUUGGACAGGAACUUUCCCUUGACCUAUGCUGUAUCACUUCAUGGGAGGACACCUAAUUACAUCUUUAAGGAUCCAAAACAAUCCUUUUGCUUUAGUCCUGCAAUUGCUUGAUGGCCAUUUAUAGUGCUUUUUAAAUUGCAUAUCUCCUUUUUCUUUUUUUUCCCCAAAUUCAGAAUAAUCAUUUAACACUUAUCACACAAUGAAAGUGUAUUUGGAAAUAAUUCAGUGGACAGAGAAUGUGCUUCCUCUUCAAAUGUAUCUGGCUUUUUUUUUUUAGCUCUUUUUAACACGUUUAAUCAUCAGUACUAAUCAAACUGAAAU